GAACACAGACACAUUCAAAGCUACACUGAAGGAUUUGCCUGCAAAUACAAAGCCCACAAGGCCCAGAAAGACGCACAGUCAUGAGGACGAUCGCUGUACUGGUUUUGGCUGUAUUUACAGGUUGCAAUGCCAACCUGUUCUAUGCUGAUGAGCCGAAGCCACAGCUGGAUCAGUUGACUGAUGCAUUCUGGAACUACGUUGCCCAGGCAACACGCACAGCAGAGGACACCGUUCAGAUGAUCAGGAAGUCUCAGCUGGGACAGGAAGUCAGUGCUCAGCUCACUGAGAGUGCAGAUGUGGCCAGCCAGUAUGCAGUCAACCUCCAAAAUCAGAUGACCCCUCUGGCUCAAGAUGUCAUGGCAAAAAUCAACAACGAGGCUGAGGUGCUGAGAGAGCGCCUGGCACAGGACUUGGCCACCGUUCAGGAGAAGCUGGAGCCUUAUGCAGAGGACAUGAGAGUCCAGGUUCUGCAGAGGGUGGAGGAUCUGAAGGCUGCCGUUGCUCCCUAUGCUGAGUCCCUGGACUCUGAGUCCCUGAAGACCGCCCUACUCCAGAAGAGUGAGGAGCUGAAGGGAAGUCUGGAGAAGAGCGUGCAGGAGCUGCAGUCCCAGCUGGGCCCCUACACCGAGGAGCUCAGGCAGAAGGUGGACCAGCACCUGCAGGAGUUCCAGGCCAGUGUGACCCCCUUGGCUGCUGACCUCCAGACCCAGCUGGCCCAGAGAACCAAGAUGGUCCAGCAAAGUCUGGCACCCUACGCUGAAGACCUGAAGGACAAACUGGACCCCUACGCCCAGGACCUCAGAGCACAGCUCACCUCCCUGUAUGAAUCCUUCACUAAGUCAAGCUAAAAUGUUCAAACCAGAGACAGUGAUUUAUGUGCUAAAUAACAAUUCAGGACAAAAUGAGAUCCGUGCAAUUUCAAAGAACAUCUACUUUCCUUGCUCUUUCUGCACUAACUUGGAGGAAACAAGGAACAUGCCAGCUUUCUGUGGUGGAUGUGAAUGUGCUUCGAUAGUUGUAGGUUAAGAGGAGAGCUUUUGAAGAGGAUGUUAAUUUAUAAAUGUGUUAUUUAUUGAACUUUAUAUAUUUUAUUUACAAUAAAAACCCUACUUCAGAACAAUGCAUUCCUAA